UGUUGCCUGGUUGGGCCGGAAAUGGGAUGCCAUGUCUCCUCGGGGUACACAGAAGACAUGAGGGCCUCUCUGAGCUGCUGCUGUGAGGGGAAGUGAGUGAGCUGCCAGAGGAUGUCCACCGCUGCCACUGUCGCCCCUGCGGGGAUCCCAGCGGCCCCGGGCCCUGUGAACCCACCCCCCCCAGAGGUCUCCAACCCCAGCAAGCCCGGCCGCAAGACCAACCAGCUGCAGUACAUGCAGAACGUGGUGGUGAAGACGCUCUGGAAACACCAGUUCGCCUGGCCCUUCUACCAGCCCGUGGAUGCAAUCAAGCUGAACCUGCCGGAUUAUCAUAAGAUAAUAAAAAACCCAAUGGACAUGGGGACAAUUAAGAAGAGAUUAGAAAAUAAUUAUUAUUGGAGUGCAAGCGAAUGCAUGCAGGACUUCAACACCAUGUUUACAAAUUGUUAUAUUUAUAACAAGCCCACAGAUGACAUAGUGCUAAUGGCCCAAGCCUUAGAGAAAAUUUUUCUGCAGAAAGUGGCCCAGAUGCCCCAGGAGGAAGUUGAAUUAUUACCCCCAGCUCCCAAGGGCAAAGGCCGGAAACCGGCUGCGGGAACCCCAAGUGCAGGUACGCAGCAAGUGGCGGCCGUGUCCUCUGUUUCCCCGGCGACCCCCUUUCAGAAUGUGCCCCCUACCGUCUCCCAGACGCCCGUCAUUGCUGCCACCCCUGUUCCAACCAUCACUGCAAAUGUCACAUCGGUGCCCGUUCCCCCGGCGGCUGCCCCACCUCCGCCCUCGACACCCAUCGUCCCUGUGGUCCCUCCCACACCACCUGUCGUCAAGAAAAAGGGCGUCAAGCGGAAAGCAGACACAACCACACCCACAACAUCCGCCAUCACUGCGAGCCGGAGUGAGUCUCCUCCGCCACUGUCAGACCCCAAGCAGGCCAAGGUGGUGGCCCGGCGGGAGAGUGGGGGCCGCCCCAUCAAGCCACCCAAGAAGGACCUGGAGGACAGUGAGGUGCCCCAGCAUGCGGGCAAGAAGGGCAAGCUGUCAGAGCAUCUGCGCUACUGUGAUAGCAUCCUCCGGGAGAUGCUGUCCAAGAAGCACGCCGCCUACGCCUGGCCCUUCUACAAGCCGGUGGACGCCGAGGCCCUGGAGUUACACGACUACCAUGACAUCAUCAAACACCCCAUGGACCUCAGCACCGUCAAAAGGAAGAUGGACAGCCGCGAGUAUCCAGACGCACAGGGCUUUGCUGCCGACAUCCGGCUAAUGUUCUCGAACUGUUACAAAUACAACCCCCCGGACCACGAGGUGGUGGCCAUGGCCCGGAAGCUGCAGGACGUGUUUGAGAUGAGGUUUGCCAAGAUGCCAGAUGAGCCGGUGGAGGCCCCCGCACUGCCAGCCCCUGCGGCCCCCGCGGUGAGCAAGGGCACAGAGAGCAGCCGCAGCAGUGAGGAGAGCUCAUCGGAGUCAGGCAGCUCAGACUCGGAGGAGGAGCGGGCCACCAGGCUGGCGGAGCUGCAGGAGCAGCUGAAGGCCGUGCAUGAGCAGCUGGCCGCUCUGUCUCAGGCCCCAGUGAACAAACCAAAGAAGAAAAAGGAGAAGAAGGAGAAGGAGAAGAAGAAGAAGGACAAAGAAAAGGAGAAGGAGAAACACAAGGCAAAGUCCGAGGAGGAGAAGAAGGCCAAGGUGGCCCCACCUGCCAAGCAGGCCCAGCAAAAGAAGGCUCCCGCCAAGAAGGCCAGCAGCACGACCGCGGCCGGCAGACAGCUGAAGAAAGGCGGCAAGCAGGCGUCUGCCUCCUACGACUCGGAGGAAGAGGAGGAAGGACUGCCCAUGAGCUACGAUGAGAAGCGGCAGCUCAGCCUGGACAUCAACCGGCUGCCUGGGGAGAAGCUGGGCCGCGUGGUGCACAUCAUCCAGUCUCGGGAGCCCUCACUCAGGGACUCCAACCCCGAUGAGAUCGAGAUUGACUUUGAGACUCUGAAACCCACCACCUUGCGGGAACUAGAGAGAUAUGUUAAGUCUUGUUUACAGAAAAAGCAAAGGAAACCAUUCUCAGCAAGUGGCAAGAAGCAGGCGGCUAAGUCCAAGGAGGAGCUUGCACAGGAAAAGAAGAAGGAGCUGGAGAAGCGUCUGCAGGACGUCAGUGGGCAGCUAAGCAGUAGCAAGAAGCCCGCGAGGAAAGAGAAGCCUGGCUCAGCGGCCUCCGGAGGGCCAUCCAGGCUGAGCAGCAGCAGCUCCUCCGAGUCAGGCAGCAGCAGCUCCAGCGGCUCCAGCUCCGACAGCAGCGACUCAGAGUAAACUCUGGACUCACACAGCAGCGGCUGUCGCACACACUGACGUCUGCAGUGUCCCCUUCUCUGGUUAAUAUACUACUUUUGUUCCAUAGUGUGCAGGUUUUCUUUUUCAUUCAGUGUUAUGAUAUCUUCCAGUUCCGCUUCCGUAGGUCAGAGACCUACCUUGUGUGUGCAUUAGACUUGUGGGAAAGUGUGAGCUCUGUCAGAACUGCUUCCGGCCGCUCGGAGAUGACAACUUUGAAUGCUAACCCGAUGACCACAGAAAACCGUGAGAUGGUCUGAAGGACCUUACAGGGUCCCUUUGUGUAUGCCCUGCCUGGUCUGUAGCUCCAGAAGGGACUUUGUCUUUAAUGGGCACUGUGUUGGAAGCUGUCACUUCGCAGCCAGGUUUGUCUCUGUCACCUGGGCCCCAAGCUCUGGCCCUCGUGCCUGUGCGGCUGCCUCUUCCCACAGGGGCUGAGGACAUCGUGCCUGCUUGUGAAGGAGUGUCACAGCCCCCAGAACGGCGAGCUCGUGGUUGGAGACAGGUGGGGGCUGCCAUGCAGGCAGGGAUGUUGCGUUCUCUGAACGUGGUGAAAUCAGGUGCUCCUGGGAAGGGACACGGCAGCCGCCUGCGCAGCGUGCAGGUUUCCGUACACUGAAGCUUUUACCUCAACUUUAACAAAAGAAGAAAAGAUUUAAAAAAAAAAAAAAAAAAAAAAAAGGAGACUUUUUUGUAAGGUUCAGCAAUUUUCUACGAGAGCCCAGCCCAGUGUGUGUCCUGACCUGUUAGUGCUGCCCUGCUGCUGCACACUCUGGAACCAUUUCCCCAAUUUUAUGUAUAUAUAAAUACUUUAUUUAUUAACAUCAUUGGUCAUUUUUAAAAAAA